CCAACGCUCUGAUCGAAACCUGGAGGAAAAAUGGGUGAUCGAUUGGCUUUUCGAGGAUCCACGACUUCCUGUACCUUUGCAAUGACGAUGAAAUACCUGUUUGUGGUUGCAACGAGGCGCGUAUACGAAUGCAUCACAAACACCGCCCUUGCAGAGAAUGUCGUUGAGCUUUCCCGGCAAAUGAGAGGCAAGAACAUCGAGGACCGCUUCGUCACAAUGUCGCAAAUCGUAACGAUUGCCGCCCCGCAGUGUGUAUCUUGGCAGCGUUACCACUUGGCGCUCUGGCUCUCCGGUAUGUCGUCGAAUGACCUCGCCCAAUCCAGCGAGGCUACAACGAUCAACGGAGCAAUUUGACGACGCGAGCGCAUCCAUCGCGAGGUUACGAAAAAUCACGACUCUGCUUCCAAUAGACCGGAAUUUGGUUCGAGUGGAAAAUCGAACGAGGCAAAAUGAAUAUCGAUUUUCGCAUGAUUCGCGGUGUCAAUCGUGCGGUGUCAAACGAUCGAGAGGCUCUUGAAAUGUUGAUUUUUUCUCUCACCGGUUUUCCUCCCACUCGCACAUCCCCUUAAUUAAUUUGGUACAUUCUACUGGCGAUGCCCAAGCGAGCUGCAGGGGAGGAAAAUUGCCUGAGCAGUGCUCAGCUCGCACUUGAGUUCUCGAGGAAUGAUCCUCGGGGAUAAAGAAAGAGAGAAAUAAAUUCUCGUUUGGGAAGGAAUUCUCUCGGGUUUGUUAUUCGAGCCGAGCGAGUCAAUAAAAGGCUGUUAUAUAUCAUUCGAUUUGUCGCGGGUGAUCCUCGAACACGUGACGAGGAACAAAAGAAAUAAAGGACGAGGAGGAGCAGGAGAAAAACAAGAAAGAGGAGAGAAUUAAACUCGGUGUCGAAUGAUUGGCAAAGCGCGCGCAAUCGGAUCGAUUAUAUCGAAGUGAUAAAAAGGAAGAAACGUUUGGGGUGCAUCGCCAGUCAGAUCUUCCUCCUCGAACCGGAAUUCUGUACUCCCGAAGCCUCAGCUUAAAAUUCUUUUUUAAAUAACGUGAAAAAUCGUCCAACGCCUCUCAAUGGAAAUUUGAAAUAAAACAUUCGAUCGGUGUAAGGGAAAUAAAAAAAAUCAUUAUGAAUUUUACUGUCGCUUAUUUAAUAAUCGCUGCUAUCGUUGAAGCUUCAAAUUUCACGGGUAAGUCGAUCAACGAAACCCCUCUGACAGCUCCAAUUUUUCUUCAUUCGAAUUAUACCAGAAUUUUUUUAGACUGCUUCGAGCUCGAAAACUUGUUGGAAAAAAUGAAUAAUGAGCUUCUGCUCAUGAAUCGUGUAAGCGUCCAUUUAGAGUGGGAAUCGUCUACGCAACCUUCGAGAGAAAUUUUUUCGCUGAAGAGACAAUUUUCCAUGGCGAAAAACCAGUGGAAAAAUCAAAUUUGUUCCAAACUCAAUUCCUAUCGUGAUGAUUCUCUACCGGCCGCGAGAAUGAUCCGUUUACUCUGCAGAGGACCCGCUUAUUCGGCUGAUCAAAUUCUGGCCUUCACAAACGUCUCGCAUGAGCUCAUGACGCGAUACGCGUCACUCCAAGUUUGCAGAACAGAAAUGGGACACUGGAAAUGUUAUCACGGGGAACCGGAUUUGAAGAUUUUUAUGUCCAAGUCACGAAACGAAAGCGAAUUGCGAUGGGCCUGGACGAGUUGGCGAAACGAAAUGAGCGGUGUGAAGAAAUUAUUCGAAUUUUCGAUCAAUCUUCAAAACUCCGCAGCUCGAAAUAACGGUUACAGCGACAUUGGUGCGUGCUGGCGAGAAGAAUUAGAAAUUUCGAAUUUGGAAGAUUUCAUUGAAAAUUUGUACGGAAAAGUGGAACAUCUUUAUCGUCUGCUUCACGCAGUAGUCAGAUUUCGACUUCAUCAAUUAUAUCCGGAAGCGGUUCAUCCCCAUCGACCUAUACCAGCUCACCUCUUAGGGGACUUAUGGUCGCAAAAUUGGUCAUCUCUAAUCGAUUUAAUUCUAUCAAAGGAAGAAAAUUUUUUGCACAUCACGGAGUCAUUGCUCCGAAAAAAUUAUACGGUAAAAGCGAUGGUCGAACACGCCGAAGACUACUACGUAUCUUUAGGAUUCCCCCAAUUAUCCAGAGAAUUUUGGUCACGUUCAAUUUUCACGGAAAAUAAUUCCACCGAGGCAAAUUGUCACGCGACAGCUGUGAACAUGUUUGAACAAAACGAUUAUCGCGUUAUCGCCUGUCUGGGAAUAAACGCUUAUGACUUCAACGUUAUUCAUCACGAAAUCGGCCACAUACAAUAUUACAUGGCGUAUGAAAAGCAACCAACGAUUUUCCAGAACGGAGUCAAUUCUGCAUUUCAUGAGGCUAUAGGAGACUCUGUGAUGUUAGGGGUCAUGACGCCACAACAUUUGCAACGCCUCGGGCUUGCGGAAGACGCAAUUUUAACUAACGAUUUGGGCUUGUUGCUGAGCCAGGCACUCGCUAAAUUGCCGGAACUCCCUUACGCACUUCUCAUGGAUAAAUGGCGAUGGAAGGUAUUCGCUGCCGAAGAAAAUUCAUCCAGUUACAAUUCCCUUUGGUGGAAAAUGCACAAACGAUACAUGGGAAUCGAACCACCGAGUCCAAGAGACGAUUCCUUUUUUGAUCCUUCUGCAAAAUUUCACAUUAUCAGCAAUACACCUUACGUGAGAUAUUUUCUCGGCAAUAUUUUGCAAUAUCAAUUGUUCGACGGUAUGUGCGAAGCUGGACUGACCGGAAGGAUCGGCGAUCCAAAAUUUUCCAUGGAAUUGCAUCGCUGCGAUAUUUACGGUUCGAAGAAGGCGACGAAAAGAUUGAGAUCACUGAUGAGCCGCGGAAGUAGCAUUGGUUGGCGCGAGUGGAUUCUAGCGACUUCCGGAUCACCGGAAAUAACGGCAAGAUCGUUGCUGCGUUAUUACGAGCCGAUAAAAAAGUGGCUCGAGAAUGAAAUUCGUCGUCAUCGAAUUCCCGUUGGAUGGGAAUAA